UGGACUGGUAGUAUAGAAAAGAGAAACUAUUCUCAUGAUUCGAUUUCUUAUCGAGCUAAUUCCGGGGAUAUGAGAGGGUUUUCAUCUGUUGCUUCCAGAGUAUCUAUUGUUAGCAGAGAUAUAAGCGAAGGAAUCUGCAAAACGAGAAGCUCCAACGGCGACAAAUCGGUUUAUGGAAGAACAAAAAUAGCCCCCAUUCAAAAACCAACAAGUUCAGAAACUCCACUAACAGGCAAGUCUUCUUCUUUCAGUCCUUCCCAGAUACCUGAUUCUCAUUUCAACUUGCUUUCAACUGCAAGUAGCAUUUCUGGUAAUCGACACGAGAUAUCCACUAUCUCGAUUGAUCAUCAAUACUUUUCUGCAAUACUUGAUAGGAAGGAUUGGUUUAUCUUGCUAAAUCACGAGUUCAAUUACACAAAGACCAGUUUGACUCCACAGUUUGUUGUAAGAAUACUGCAGCAUCAGGAAAACCCAUUGCACUCACUCAAAUUUUACAUAUGGGUUUCAAAUGUCAAGGAGACGCUGGUGAAUAAUCAAUUAGUACGGAGAGCUUUAGCUCAUGCUCUGUAUCAUAAGGGUCCCGUAGUGUUGUCUGUUAACUUGCUUCAAGAGAUUAACAACUCUGGGUGUCGCAUUUCUGAGGACCUGCUUUGCGCUUUAAUUGGUAGUUGGGGAAGGUUAGGGCUUGCCAAGUAUUGUGCUGAAGUUUUUGGGCAGAUUUCACUCCUGGGUCUCACUCCAACUACUCGAUUAUACAAUUCACUUAUUGAUGCAUUAGUGAAAUCAAAUUCCCUUGAUUUAGCUUAUCUCAAAUUCCAGCAGAUGCCCGUUGAUAAUUGCAUCCCUGACAGAUUCACGUACAACAUUCUCAUCCAUGGGGUCUGCAGGAUUGGAGUUGUUGAUGAAGCGCUUCGUCUGGUGAAGCAGAUGGAAGGCUCAGGUUACUCCCCUAACGUGUUCACGUACACAAUCCUCAUUGAUGGGUUUUGUAACGCAAAGAGGGUGGAUGAAGCCUUUCAGGUUUUGGAGAUGAUGAGGCAGAGGAAUGUGAGCCCUACUGAAGCCACAUUUAGGUCAUUGGUUCACGGUGUCUUUCGAUGUACAGACGUGCAUAAAGCAUAUGAGUUGUUACUGAAAUUUUUAGAAAGCAAGCCUAUUUUGUGCAAACAAUCUUGUGAUGCCGUACUUGAUUGCCUUUCAAAGAAUUUUAUGCCAAAUGAGUCCAUGGAGUUCUUAAGAAAGAUGGAACAAAAAGGUUAUCUUCCAGACAGUUCAACAUUUAACAUUGUGAUGUCUUGUUUGAUGAAGGGUGUGGAUCUGAAUGAGGCUUGCAAGGUACUGGAUGGUUUUAUUGAGAGAGGUGGGAAGCCAUGUUUCAGCACUUAUCUCAUGUUUAUUGAAGUUUUGUACAAGGCAGGAAGAACUAAUGAAGGGGACAGAUAUUUAAAUCAGAUGGAGCAGGAUGGACUUGUAUCAACUGUAUCUUCAUAUAACAUGUUGAUCGACUGUUUUGCCAAAGCCAAAAUGAUGGACAAAGCAUCGCAGAAAUUUGGAGAUAUGCUUCAAAGAGGUGUUGCUCAUAAUCUUGUUACUUUUAAUACCCUUAUUGAUGGCCACUGCAAAGUUAGGGAGGUAGGUAAGGCUAGAAAACUGUUGAAGACGCUAUUAGACUAUGGUUUCAAACCUGAUGUCUUCACCUUUAGUUCAAUAAUGGAUGGUCUUUGCCGGGUCCACCAGAUGGAAGAUGCUUUUGGUUGUUUUGAUGAGAUGGUUGAAUGGGGUGUUUCUCCAAAUGCUGUCACAUAUAAUAUCCUGAUUCGGUCUCUCUGUUUUGUUGGGGAUGUUGCUAAAGCGAUUAAGUUAUUGAGAAAGAUGAAAGAUGCUGGAAUAAAGCCAGAUGUGUUUUCUUUCAAUGCUCUUAUUCUAAGUCUUUGUAGGAUGAAGAAAAUUGACAAUGCGCAAAAGCUUUUUGUUUCCAUGUUGAGAGUGGGCGUUACACCAGACAAACUUACGUAUGAUGCUUUUAUUAAGGCAUCAUGUGAAUCAGGAAGAGUUGAUGAGGCUAGACAGAUGCUUCUCACCAUGGAAUACAAUGGAUGUUCUCCAGAUUCUUAUUCGUACACACCAAUUAUAGAAUCUCUAACCCAUUUGGGUCGCUUGGAGGAGGCCCAUGAUUUAAUCAACAAAAAUGAAAGAGGAACUCUUAUGAACUCCAUUCCUAAUUCAUAGGAUGAAGUUCAAACAGUGCAUGUGGUUGACUCAUCCGUUCCUGCUGUUUUGAGGAUUUGGCACAGGGAGCACCAGGCUUA